AGUGCAAUUGUCUGCUCCUCGCUGCGAUGGCGGCGGCGCCGAGCACAGUCACCCCGCUGGCGGCGGAGUCUUCCCCUCAGGAAGCUACCGUCUCUGCCGCCGCCACGUACACCCCUGCCUUCCCGCCUGCCGGUGGCUAUGGCGAUGGCGGCGGCGGCUUUGGCGGCUCCACUAUGGCGGCGGCGGGGAGGGGGGGCAGUAGUUUUAAAGUAGACACCCGCCCUUGCCUCAGAGAAGAUGCCAUUUGGAAUGAACAGGAAAAGGCUGAACUUUUUACAGAUAAUUUUUGUCAAGUUUGUGGAGUGGUUUUACAGUUUGAUUCACAAAGGAUUUCACAUUAUGAGAGUGAACAACAUGCUCAAAAUGUUAGUUUUUAUUUUCAUAUGCGUGGGGAACAAAACGAAGUGCCUGGUAAGAGAAUGAAGAUGUAUGUUGGGAAUUUUCAGGUACAUAGGAAUGAAGUAGUGGACAAAAACAAAUUUUGUGAUCUCUGCAACAUGAUUUUUAGCUCCCCAGUUGUUGCUCAGUCUCACUAUAUGGGGAAGGUCCAUGCUAAAAAGCUGAAGCAAUUAAUGGAAGAACAUGAUCAGGUAUCUCCUUCAGGAUUUCAGCCAGAAAUGGCAGGUGUGCCUAUUCCUACUUCUGCAGAGUCUACCUUCCUGAAGCCUCUUGCUGCCAAGCUUCCUCCAGCAUUUAGUAUAAGAACCUACGUUUGCCAUAUUUGUAGUAUCACUUUUACAUCUUUAGAUAUGUUCCGGUCUCAUAUGCAAGGAAGUGAACAUCAAAUUAGAGAAUCCAUUGUCAUCAAUUUAGUGAAGAAUUCAAAGAAGACACAAGAAUCUUACCAAGAUGAGUGUGCUGAUUACAUCAAUAUGCAUAAAUCCAGAGGACUAGAGCCCAAUACUUGUUUCAGAAAGAUGGAAGAGAGUUCUUUGGAAACGCGUGGAUACAGGGAAGUAGUUCAUUCUAGACCCAGACAUAGAAUGUUUGAACAAAGUGUCCCAUUUGAGAGUUUCCAAACAUAUACAGGAUCAUACAAUAUUUCACAUGCAGUAGAAAACCAGUUACCUCAUUCCUUACCAGCUCAUUCAAAGAAGACAUAUGACUCUUUCCAAGAUGAACUUGAAGAUUACAUCAAAGUGCAGAAAGCCAGAGGACUAGAUCCAAAUACUUGUUUCAGGAAGAUGAGAGAGAACAUUGUGGAAACUCAUGGAUACAGAGAAAUGGUUGAAUCUGGACCCAAGCAAACAACAUGUGAGCAAAGAUUUUCAUUUGAGACUUCCCAGACCUACCAGCAACCAUACAGUACUUCACCAGUGGAAAGCCAAUUACCUCAUUGGUUACCAGAUCAUUCAAAGAGGACAUAUGAUUCUUUUCAAGAUGAACUUGAAGAUUACAUCAAAGUGCAGAAAGCCAGAGGACUAGAGCCAAAGACUUGUUUUAGAAAGAUAGGUGACAGCUCUGUGGAAACAUAUAGAUAUAAAGAAAUGGUUGAUGUCAGACCCAAACAUAAAAUGUUGGAGCAAAAUCUCCCAUUUGGGACUUUUCAGACCUAUCCAGGACCAUACAAUAUUUCACGAACCGUGGAAAACCAGUUACCUCAUUGUUUACCAGCUCAUGACAGUGAACAGGGACUAGACUCUAGUAGUUACUAUCAACUCACCAGAAAUUAUUUCCCAGAAAAACCAAUACCUUUGAGCCUUAAUCAGCAAGAAAAUAACUCUGGCCCAUACAGUGUAGAAUCUGAAGUUUACAAGCACCUGUCCUCAGAAAACAAUACCAGUGAUGACCAAGCAGGUCAUAAACGGAGACAUCAGAAGAAAAGACGACAUCUGGAAGAACAUGAAGAAAGGCCUGAGAAGGAGCAGUCCAAGCAUAAAAGGAAAAAGAGCUAUGGAGAUGUAGAUUUAGACAAAGACAAGAGCAUUCGUCAAAAGAAAAGAGAGGGGGAUAAAGUUGGGGUCAGUUCAGGAAAGCUUAAGCAUCGAAAAAAGAAAAAAAGCCAUGAUGUGUCCUCUGAGAAAGAAGAACGGAAGCACAAGAAAGGGAAAAAAAAAUCUGUUAAAGAAAGGACAGAAGAGGAAAUGCUUUGGGAUGAGUCUAUUCUAGGAUUUUGAAAUUUUAGUUUUUUUGAUCCAAGGAUGAUUUUAAGAAAAUUAAGAGUAUGUAUUUAGAUAAAAAUAGGCAUAUCUUAUGAAGAAAAGGAGAGGUAGAUACAGUCAGUUUCAGUUCAGAAACACUUAGAUUUUUUUUGUGUAAAAAUUGAAAUUGAGUUGAAAAAGAAUUAUAAAACCUAAACCUAGCUUCUAAGAAAUAAGAACAUCAGAAGAACAGAAGACAAAAAAGGAAACCUGUUGAAGAAAAGGUGGAAGAGUCAGUGUUUCGGGAUGAGUCUACUCUUGGAUUUUGAAUUUUUAGUUUGUUUACUCAAAGAUCAAAGUAAAGAAAAUGGAUAUAGACAAAAAAAAGCAUCAGACACAAGGAGAAGUAGUCAGUAUCAGUUUAGGAAAACUGAUUAUUUUGGUGAAACUUAAAAUUUAAUUAAAAGAAAUAAUGGCUAAACCUAGUCUCUGAGAAACAAGAACAUAAGAACACAAGAAGAACAUAACAAAAAGAAAUCAAUGAAGAAAAGACAGAUGAAUCAGUGCUUUGGUUGGAAUGAGUCUACAUUUGGAUUGCGAACUUUAUAGUUUUGUUCCCUCAAGGUUGAAGAAAUAGGUUGAAACCUUUGGUUUCAUAAAAUUAAUGUUAUUUGAAUUUCUCUAUGUGGACAGUUACUUUAAUAUUGAACAAAAGCCAAGUGAAGUUAAAGUAUUCGAUAUGCCUUUUCCUCAAGUUACUUUCCAUCAUUUUCUUUAAAAAAAGAAAAAAAAAUACAUAUUUCUUACAUAUAAUGUAAUUUCCCUAAGUGAAAUUGUCUCUACUUCUGUUCAUCUAAUUGCUGUGAUAGUGAAUUAUUUACUCACUGGAAAUAAUUUAUUUUAAAAGAUAAUUACCAGGCAUUGCAGAAUUAAUUCCUUUUUUGGGUUUGUGUUGGUGGUAUUUUGUUGUUGUGUGUAAAUUUAUGUUUCUUGGUUUUUCUCCAAGGAAAAUGUAUGAAACAAAUUAGACUGAUUUUUUUUCUUUGUUAAAUCUAAUUUGCAGUGUAUUUUUGUAUUUUCUAGUUCUAAAAGUGGAAAAUGAAACAGUCUAUGAUAAACUUAGAUGAUAUAUAGUUUUAAAAAGCUCUCAUAAACUACUCAUAGAAAAUCAGUCUAUAUUCUGGAAAUGUUUAUAUUAAAGUGUUUUAAUUUC